AUGGAUCCAUUUUCAGCAGAAGGAGAACUCGUCAACAUUCACAAUGCCUUCCACCAAGGCCAAUACCAAACCGUAAUCGACUUUGACACCACCUCCUUCUCCUCCGAGAACGCCCUCCCAUCACGAAUACUCCAACUGCGCGCAAAAAUCGCCUUGAAACAAACGAAAGAUGUCCUGAGUGAAAUCGAGGCGGAAACCAACAACGACGAUGACGUCCCAGAUUUGGCGGCUGUAAAGGCGCUGGCACUACAAGUAGCGGGGAAUACGGAGGAGGCGUUGGCUCUAGCACAGAAAUUGGCGGAGACGAAGAGUGAGAAUGCAACUGUACAGGUUUUGGUGGGCACGGUGCUGCAGGCGCAAGGAUUGACGGAGGAGGCGUUGGCGUUGCUUGGGAGGCAUCAGGGGAAUCUUGAAGCAGUCGCUCUUACAGUUCAGAUCUACCUCCAAACAAACCGCGUCGAUCUCGCUGUAAAGGAAGUCUCCGCCGCAAAGCGCUGGGCACAAGAUUCGCUCCUUGUCAAUAUCGCAGAGUCAUGGGUUGGAUUACGAGUUGGCGGCGAAAAAUAUCAAUCCGCAUUCUACGUCUACGAAGAACUAGCCUCAAACCCCAACACCACCGCCCCCUUGUCCAUUGUCGGUCAAGCCAUUGCCGAAUUACAUCUGGGACGGUUACCAGAGGCAGAAGCCGCACUGACAUCGGCUCUGGAAAAGUACUCCGAGGAUGUGGAGUUGAUUGCUAAUACGAUUGUCUUGAAUGUGCUUACGGGUAAAGAUACUGCUGAAUUGAAGUCACGAUUGGAAUCUCUUCAACCAUCACAUGUGCUCAUUACUGAUUUGGCGGAAAAGAGCUCUUUCUUCGACACGGCUGCUGCUAAAUAUGUGCCCAAGGUGUCGUCAUGA